GGCUUGCCUGGUUUUGUGUCGUGGCUUGGUUUUUACAGUGACGGUACGGCCCAUUAAUCUGACAAGUUGACCUGUUCACUAUAGUGGAGCGACUGGAAAAUGAGUGGAUUUCUUAAACUAUUUGCAAACCGAUACUAGCCUCAGGAAUUUCUGGAUUAGUCUGAGUCUUAUUAGUGAACAUUGCAAACUUUCAGAGAAAUGCUCUGUACACACAUGCCUUAUGCUCCCUCUUACAAUACCUACUUUCAUUUCUAAAGCCCUUUGUGCUCAGAGGGGAAACGUGAAUUUAAAGCUGGUGGAGCAACUUCUCUGUACUUGUAUUUAUGGGUAGAAAUUCUUUUCUGGAUAUUGUCAGAGCAGUGAAAGAGAUUGCUGGCCUGCUGCUUGCCCUUUGAGGGGAGAGGAGAGCGAGGAUGUUCCUGUCUCCUCCUGAGCUGGCCAGUGGAAUGGCUACUGUGAGCUGCCUUGGCUGGCUGUUUUUAAACCCUGAGGUCGCUCACACAGCGGUGUCUGGCAGAUCUGCAGUGGAAGGCAGAGAGCACCCGUUGGGCACGGGGUAGCCCCACGUGGCUGGAGGCAGCCAAGGGACAGUCACGUUUUUAGUGCUCACUUUUCUUUGUCCUUAGGUGAACUUGCUGUGGUAGCAAAUGCAGGAACCCCUCAAUUGACUCCCAUGUUCUCUUCACCAGGGAGACUCUACGAAAUAAUUGUUCCAUAAUGACGAUACUGACUUAGUUUCAAUAAUUCACUCUUAAACCGGUGGGUGGCUUGUGGUUUUUUUUUUUUCCAGAAGCCUAUAUUAGUUUCCAGUUUUCUGCAUUUGUUGAUUCGUAAUCAAUAUAUAUAGAUGAUUAAAGUUUUGUCCACAAUAUUUACCAAGCUCAUCUCAACUGGACUGGAAAAAAAAUAUUUACUUUCUGGCAAAACAGUGCAGAAGAACUUCUAGCACAUCAAAGUUUUCCAGUAAUGGCUUGAACUUCUAUAGCAGGAAUCAGUUCAGUUACCCUUUAGUUGGGAAGAGCUGACUUCUCAACCAUUUUCUGAGUUACGAAUUGAGUUAAAAGGGUAUUUUUUUUUUCCCCCUGUCUCCACGCAAUGAAGUUUUAAUUAGGCUAUUGUGUUUUAUUCCUUGCCACUUUCAAAGUAAAGAAAUGUGAUGCCCAUGUUAAACAAAUUGAGUUCUCAUCUAACACGUUCUCUGAUGGUUCUCUCUGAUGAUCAUCAGUUGCUGGGUGGGGUGGGGCACGGGAAACAAAGAAAAAGCCUAAAACUUGAUGCUCCUGUUGGAGCUUUGGAAGCUGCCAAGAUGUCCUGAUCAGCAGUUAAGGCCUAUUUUCCUCGGUAAUGCUGGCAUUUCUAACGCUGCUCCCUUGAAUUGCUAUGUCUUCUCUGUAGUGUUUCUUAUUGCAGAUGGUUUUUGCAAACUAUGUGCUCCUGAAAUAUCCGUAUGGGUAUGUAUUUGGUAAACUAGUCCAUUUGGCAUAUUGGAAUAACAUGAGGACUUGUAGUAGGGAGGAAGAGUCUUGUUGGAUUGAACCCAUGGUGGUUUGUAGCUUCAAGUUUUCAGCCAGCACCUCACCAGGGCUUCUGAAGGGUGGUCAGAACAGGAGCGGGUUUGUAGGUCCUGUAGAGAGAGAUGGACAGAUGGGGGGGAAAACAGCUUCGGAAAGGCAGUUGUACCUCCAGUGAAUGCCUUCAAGGGCCCAGAAUGUGGGCUGGGGGGAGAGAGAGGGGAAACAACCCUUGAGCAUUAAGUAGGAUAGUAUCUCUCGUUGUGUCUGUUAACGUAUUGUCUUAAGUGUUUUUAAUGAUUGUUCUUAAAUAGCAGGAUUAACUGGAACAAUUCAUAUAAUCCCAGUCUAGUCUCUGCUUUCACAGUCUUUAUUUUGAAUUUGUAAUAAAGAAACAUUCUCAUGACCUUUUAACCAUCUACAGCCCUUAAUGCAAACUUCAUAGAGCAAGUUUUGUUCACUUGGUAUACCAAGUUUUAACUUCUUAAAUUCUAAUAUUUUUUAAUAAAGCCUUACUGUAACUUUUAUGAGCUUUGACUUGUUUACUGUCAAUAAAUACUGAAGGCAAAAGGUGAUCCUGUGGGGUUUUUUUUUAAUAGAUUGUUGUAAUGAAUGGACUGAGGCUAAACGUGCUGAAGGAUUGAUUGCCUUGCUGAACGUAGGAGCGAUGCCCCUGUGCGUGAAGAGACAAUACCAUGGAAGCUUGUACUUGGCUCAGGGAGGCAGCAAACGCCUCCUGAAGGUCUCCGACUCGAUGUGCACCUCCCUGGGCGAACCACCCAGCCCUGAGCCGGCAUUGUCUGGCAGCUCGGCCAUGAAGGAGCAGCAGCUUACGGUGGCCCUUCGCAUCCGUCCCAUCAGCCAGGCGGAAGCGGAGGAGGGAGCUGCCCUCGUGGCUCGCAGCGUGGGCGUGCAGAGGGUGGUCCUGAUGGAUCCAAGCGAAGACCCAGAUGACAUCCUGCGAGCUAACAGAUCCCGAGAAAAAACAUUUGUAUUUGACAUGGUUUUUGAUCACAGAGCAACCCAGGAGGAAGUAUACGUGUCCACGACCAAAAGCCUGAUAGGAGGAGUCAUUUCUGGCUACAAUGCAACCAUUUUUGCAUACGGUCCAACAGGCACAGGAAAAACCUACACCAUGCUCGGGACGGACUGUGAACCAGGGAUUUAUAUCCGCACUCUUGAGGACCUCUUUAAGGCCCUUGAAGCUACCGCCGAGGAGAUGGAUUACACAGUCUCCAUGUCCUACCUGGAGAUCUAUAAUGAAGUGAUCCGUGACCUCCUGAACCCGUCCUCGGGGUUCUUAGACCUGAGAGAGGACUCCAGAGGCAACAUCCAGAUAGCAGGAAUUACAGAAGUCUCCACUACAAAUGCUCAGGAGAUCAUGCAGCUGUUAACAAAAGGAAACAAGCAGCGCACCCAGGAGCCCACUGCUGCCAACAAGACGUCCUCCCGCUCGCACGCAGUGCUGCAGGUGAUGGUGACGCAGAAAAGCCGAAGGCAGGCAAUCGGCGAGGAAAUGAGGAUUGGGAAGCUUUUCAUGGUCGACUUGGCGGGGUCAGAGAGAGCAGCCCAGACCCAGAACCGGGGCAAGAGGAUGAAGGAAGGAGCCCACAUCAACCGCUCGCUGCUGGCUUUGGGCAACUGCAUCAACGCUUUGAGCGAGAAGGGGGGGAGCCGGGCCCAGUUUGUCAAUUUUCGAGACAGCAAACUCACACGCCUGCUGAAGGACUCAUUAGGGGGCAACAGCAGGACGGUUAUGAUCGCACACAUCAGCCCAGCCAGCACCUCCUUUGAAGAAUCUCGCAUGACCUUGAUCUAUGCCUAUCGAGCAAAAAACAUCAAGACGCAGGUAAAAUGUAACCUGCGGAAUGUUGACCAAUACACCAGCAUCAUUGCGGACCUCCGCAGGGAGAUCGAGCAUCUGAAGGAGAGGGUCAAAAACCAGGAGAAGGAGAAAAGUACAGCCAGCACUGACCUCGGGGAUCUGCAAGCAGAGAGGCACCAAGGUGCUGAGGCACACAGUCCUCGGGUGAUGAACACCUUGCGGGCACAGCUGAUGGGGGCUUUCAGGGAGCAAAUGGAGAUGCGUCGCAGCCUGAUGGAGCUGGAAAACACCAACAUUGAGCUGCACAUUGAUACCUGCAGGCACCUCCUAACAAUCACAGACAGCUGGGAACGAGAGAAGGCUCAGGGUGCAUGCAAGUGUGACAAGCCAGCAAAGGAGGAGAAAGGUGAAAACACAGAGGAGGAAGACAGGGAAGCAGAUAUCGUGGAUUCACCUGAACCUCAUGAAGUUACAGUAGCAAGAGAAGAGAUCAACCUGCUGCUGGCAGAGCAGCGCAAGACGGCGGCCCUGAAGACAGAGCUGGAGCAGCACUUAGCAAAUGCCAAGGAAAAAGCUUCCCAGAUGGAGGAGUUUUUCCCCAGACAAAUCACCAGUGAGGAUCAGCAGGAGGUGCUAAGGCUCCUCUGCAGAGCCCAUGAGCUUGAGCUUGGCAACACAGAGCUGCAGACAAAUACACUGUACAAGGAGAAUCUAUUGUGCCAAAAGGAUUUUGUGAUCCAGCAACUGCAGCAGCACAUGCUGCUCUGUGAAGAAAUUAUUCAGCAGCAGCAGAUGCUGAUACAAGCCCAGAACAUUCCUGUCCCAGAGACACUGGUGAGGUUACACCACUUGCACCUCUCUGAGCUGGAGGAGGGGACACUGAACCGCCUGCUUCUGCUACACUCGGUGAUGUCCGGCAUGCUCAGGCCCCACAACAGCCCUUCUCUGGAUGUAAGUCAGCAUCUGGAUCCUAAUAAAGAUGGGGUCAGAAAGGAUCUACCUGAGAACGUGAAGGACCUUCCAUGGGGGAUGAAGUUUGAUAUUCCCUCCAUCACCCUUGAGUCAGACAGUGGCAGUUGCAGAUCACCUAAGACCGCACCCCAUAGGAAGGAGGGGUCUCUGGAUACCCAUCUCAGCCCAACUUUCUCUGGUUUGCCAAAAAGCCCAGUUCAGCAGCAGAAACCAACAGGUGUUGCUGCAGGAAAGAUGACUCCCAGGCUGCGUUCGCCCACCUCUCUAGACUCGCAUGGGAAAAAGUUACCUGCAGACAUUGCUGCUCUUCCACUGAGUCUGGAGACCUUGAAGGAAAUUGCUGCCAACACCAAAAGCAUCUCCCUCAUUGCAGCCAGUCGCUGUUCCAGAGCCCAACAGAGAGACCUUGGGAGCGAAGCCUCCUCAGCUCGCUCCUCUGAGGAGGAUACGCUUGAGCUGAAGUAUCUCGAGGCCGGUUCCACCCCAGAUUGUCAGAUGAGAGACAGUGCAAGUGUGGGGAGUUUGUUGUUGGAGCCCGCAGCUGGGAGCCAGCUGUGCUCCCUGGCCAGGGGAGCACUGAAGAACAAGAGGGACCAGGAGCUGCCUGCUGAGAGGACAGCCAGAAAGAAAAGAUCUCGCUCUCUCGAACCAAACUUCCACAGGACCUUGAAAGUUAAGCACUGGACUCCCUCAAGCCCCAGUACAGACCAAGCUGGUGAGAACCACCUGCGCCGAGCUAGACUCUUCCAUCAGUCAAAAGCUGCGAGUAGCAUAUCCAUUGUCACAAAAGUCAAGGUUCCUAUCGGCCACCAUUCAGAGGGGACUCCACUAGAGGUGCCACCAAAAGACGAUGCUCCCGCAGGCACCAUCCAGCAGAGCAACGCUGGUCGCGUCAAAGCACGGGUCCUACAGAAGCAACUCAAGGGGCCUGCAGAUGGUGCCAGCAGUCGGCAAAAGCAGCAGCCUGUCACCCGCCCGGGGAACCAGCCGAAGCCUAAAUAGAAGUCCCUGGAGGAGCAGGACCCUCUGGCCCCAAGGGAUUGCAACUUCCAGACUGCUGGAAGUCGGGGAAGCAGGCGCGGGGGGAGUGCGCCUUAACAUGUAUUUUAGCUUUUGUGUUGUGAUGCUGAAAAGCAGAGGGAGAGGGACCUUCUACAUUGUAUAAUACUUUUUCCACAUCCCUACUGCAAGUCUCUGCUCUCUGUACUGCGCGCUCUAGCUGUUAGCUUCAGUUUAAGACAAGUAGGGUGUUAACAGAGUCCAAGAGAAGAGGAAAACCUCAUUUUCCCAGCAGCGUUUGCCUCCCAGAAGAUGUCAGCAUGGAACCCAAGCCGCCUUUUUUCCCAGAGCAAAAGCGUGGAUGCCACCCAUGCAUCCAGAAGGCUCCCUGACUAUUAAAACCAAAUGUAAAUGCCUGAGAAAUAGUUUCCCCUUUCCUCCCCGCUGUCCCUGUGUGUUGCUGUGAAGCCGGGAGGUGUAACGCACGCCUGGAAUGCUGUUUGGGUGAGCAGAUGUUUGGCUGUGAGAGCAGCCGGAGAUUGCUCCAAGCUCUUUUCCAUCUACAGAGCAUUUCAGAUCUGACUGAGCCGGGAGAAGCAGCAUGGUGAUAGGUGAAGACCCUGAUAAGAGCUAGCCCGGAGGUAAACCGCGGGAAUGUGUUUUUCUUUUCGGAACAAACGCCUCCAGCGAGCAGCCUUCCCCAUAGGGGGCUUUUUAAAAGUAUUUUCCCUGCUUUUUAAAUAUGCUGCAAAUAAAGUGAUUCUGGCCAUUGCACUGAAUAAAUAGUGAUUCCAUGCCCUGAACAGGAGUGGCUUUCCUCCUGGGGCUGCUGAAGUAUGGAAGAUGACGAUCUCAGGUAGGUUCAUGCAUUUUUCACAUGGAUGAAGAACCUCUUUUUACAGCUGAAUUCUCCUACGUGCUCGUUCUGCCUUGCUGUGAGAGCCCAGGCACGCUCCCUCUCCUCCUCCUUUGCUACCUGUCAAGAUGGGGAGGGAUAGCUCACUCUGGGGCUGAGGAAACUUUAAAUUACUUAUAUUUAUAAAAUGCUAUGAACCCCUGAAGUAGGGAUGCAAUGCGAGUGUGUAAGAUGGCAUAAGCAAACGGCCAAUUUUCCUUGUGAAACAGAAAGAAGCAGGAAGAUGUGUGAUUGCGAAGUAGAAAGGUUAGGAAAACUUGUUCCCCGUGGCUGACUAUUUCACAUAAACAAAGAUAUAAAAAAAGGACACACAGAUAAAAUAAGCACAGACUGUGUGUAAAACAAACCUGUGCCAGCAGCUCCUGAGCCAAGCCUCUAUUUACAAGACCUCACGUGACCUGCAAGCACUGAAGGACCAAAAGUGAGGGAAAACAGAGUUUUCCAAGCGUAUGCAUCUCCACUAAAUACCUUUGGUCUGAAUCACCAUGAAGAGUUGCAGUGUUUGGAGCUAUUUCAUACAAAGAGUAAGACAUUUGAGCCGAAUGCAUUGGUUUGAGGCUGUAUCGCUGAAAGGAGGUUGUGUAACAGAGGUUGACGAUUUGCCAUGACUCUUGUGAAGAACACGGAGCCCCGUGAUGUACUGAUUUCCCUGUUUGUUAAAACCUACAUUUUAAGUCUGUUAAUAAAUGUUAAAGUUGGGGAUUGGAGAUAGGGGAGGUGGAAUUUGCAAAUUAUCAUUUGUAGCUUUGGGCAUGGCUGGAGGUGAGGUUGCAGCCUAUCUCCUGCGCGAAGUGAGACCGUGCUCAUUAUCGGUGCUGGACUAAGGGCUUUUUGAUUUGAUUACCCUCAAUCACAAGUGAUACGAGCAGCAAAGGGGCCUUGAAGUCUUCUGGGCUUUUCCAGCAGCGUUUUCUACACUUUCUCUACCCCCAGUUAUUUAUACU